AUGCUCUUCACUCAUAUUCUCGCUUUAGGGAUAUCGUGUAUUAUUGCCCUGGUUGUUGCUUUGGGCCUGACUCGCAGACGUGUCUACCCUUCACCUCUGCCGCCUGGCCCUCGUCCGUUACCAAUUCUGGGUAAUGCGCUGCAAUUGGAUACUAAACGACCUUGGCUCACAUAUACUGAGUGGGGGAAAGACAUAUGGUUGCUCUUAGAUUCAAUUUCAUACUUAAACAUAGGCAAAAUCGUUUACUCCCGUAUACUUGGGAUCGACUUGAUCAUCAUAAACUCCGAAACCAUCGCACGAGAGUUGCUGGACAAGCGCUCUGCGAAUUACUCUACUCGCCCCGUUAUUCGCACCAACGAAUUAGCCGGACUUUCUUUCAAUACUGUGUUCCUUCCAUAUGACGAGACUUUACGGCGACAUCGCAAGAUCUUCCAUCAAGUCCUCAAGGCCGAAGUCUCAGUCUCGUACCACGAGAUGUACUCUCGCCACGCAAACGAUCUAGUCAUCAAUCUCUUGAAUGCCACCAGUGACCUGCGGCAACAGACUGAAGCAUACAUGGCACCCCUAAUCAUGGCCGUGACAUACGGAUACCUUGCUCAUGGACACGAAGACCCAUUUCUGACCCGCGCACGCGAACUCAUUCAUAUCGGCGAAAAUAUUGUUUCUCCCGACAAGGCUGCCAUGUUCACGGCCUUUCCUUUCCUCGAAAAGUUACCAUUUUGGUGCUUCGGUGGAGCACUUGCCCUCAUGGGACGCAGUAGAGAAUUAGCCCAACAGCUUUUAAAUGAGCCCUUUGACGCUGUGAAGGCACAGAUAGUACGUUUGCGCAGAGUUGCAGAUGGUAAUGCUUUACACUCAUUAGUCGCUGACUUUCUCAGUCAAGCUCACGACGACGCUGACGAAGAAACGAUGAAAGCUGUUGCACUCACGGGAUACGCGACUGGCAUAGACACCACUGCAGCCGCAUUGCAGGCAUUCCUGCUGGCUAUGGUUCUCUAUCCUGACGUCCAAGCCCGGGCUCGUGUAGAAAUUGAUCAAGCUGUGAAGCAUGAUAAGAUGCCACGCCUUGAUGAUAGGGUGUCACUGCCCUACCUUGAUGCCAUUCUCCUCGAGGUUCUGAGAUGGCAUCCUAUCGCCCCCCUAGGAAUUCCACAUGCGACAUCAAAUGAUGAUGUUUAUGACGGGUAUUUUAUACCCAAAGGUUUGAAGGCACUGUCUCGGGAUGAAGACAUGUUUCCUGAUGCAUCACGCUUCGAUCCUAGUCGCCAUCUAACAGUUGACGGGAAGUUGAAGGAUCCUUUCGUCAACCAUUUUGCCUUUGGUCGUUGGUUUGCAGAAUGCAGCCUGUGGACUGCAGCUUCUGCCAUACUCGCCGUCUUGCGCAUCGAUCAUGCCAAAGAUUCAAACGGAGAAAGGAUUGAGGUGAAGCCGCAGUUCGGCACCGGCCUGGUGAUGUAA